UCUUUAAGAUCUCUACGUUUCUUUUUACAGUUUUACUCUAAUGUUUCGAUUGAUGAUUCUUUGAAAAACUGUGAAUCAUGCAUGCUAUAAAGAAAUAUGAUAUUUACUCUGUUUGGUUUCCUAGAAAACCAAGGAAAAUGCAAGAAAUUUGGUUUACUUUCCAAGAAAACCAAAAUCUGACAAGCUGAGCCUUGGUUGAGAAACAUUAAGGCUUUUUUUUUUCUCUGCGUUUCCAGGAAAAGACAAGAUUCUCGACGAAAAUGGACAAGGAGCUGCUGGGCUUGUAUUUUACCGUGAUUAUUUUCUCGGCAACUUUGUUUUUACAGUCUAAAGCUACUACGGAUAAACUUGAUGUCGUCGCUCUAAACAGUCUGUUCAAGGCCCUGAACUACACGUCCCAGCUCAAAGGGUGGAAAUUUGAUGGCGGGGAUCCAUGUGGGGAAGUCUGGACGGGAGUGGCAUGUUCUGGUUCUUCUGUGACACAACUCAAAGUUCCACAGCUAAACCUCAGUGGGUAUCUAGGCCAACUUGAUAAUCUCCAUAACCUGAGACAUCUGGAUGUAAGCUCCAAUAGCAUUCACGGUGAAAUUCCGUAUGGCCUACCCCCUAAUGUCACUCAUGUAAAUAUGGCGUGUAACAGCUUGGGCAAAAAUAUACCCCAGUCGUUAUCUUUCUUGACAAAUCUCAGGCAUCUGAAUCUAAGCAACAACCUUUUGUCUGGACCUAUUGGCGACGUGUUUACUAGCUUACAGAGUCUGAAAACAAUGGAUCUAUCGAACAAUAAGUUCACUGGAGAUCUACCAAAAUCUUUUGGAUCACUGACAAAUCUUACUGGACUGUUCUUGCAAAAUAACAACUUCACUGGAUCAGUGAUGUAUUUGGCUGAGCUUCCAUUAACUGACCUGAACCUUGAGGAUAAUCAUUUUAGUGGCAUUAUUCCAAACCAGUUUCAGUCAAUUCCAAAUUUAUGGUUUUGGGGUAAUAGAUUUGACAUAGCAGCCAUCUAUCCACCCUGGAAUUUCCCUUUGGACAGUGUUCCGCAUGAGCAAAAUAUUACUACCCACCCAACAACUCAACAGAGUGCCGUGGUGGACUACCCCUCCCCUGAAGUAAGUGAAGAAAAGAAGAAAAAGCUAAGCCCUGUUGGAAUAGCUUGUGUGGUUGCUGGGGUGGCUCUGGUGUCUAUCUGUGCUCUAUUAUUCUUUGCAAUCCACAUUAACAGGUCUAAUGAAAAAGGACUUAGAAACUUGGACAGCAGCAAUAGCUCGUUGCAUUCUCUUCCAAUCAGUACAACGAUAGACUGUUCUACUACAGCACAAGCAGCAAGCCCACCAUUCUUCAAUAUUGGCAGUCCAGUCUAUCUCAUCCCAAGGCAUAAUCCCCCUGUUCAUCUUACCAGGACAGACAAAACACCUAGAAGAAAAAGUCUCGCAAGAAAACGUAAAUUUGAAAUGAAUGCAAAAGUGUAUACUUUGGCAGAGCUUCAAUUAGCUACGAACAGCUUCAGUGAAGAUAACCUUCUUGGAGAGGGAUCUCUCGGUUCUGUUUACAAAGCUGAGGUUCCUGAUGGCCAAGUUUUUGCAGUAAAGAACAUCAACAUGGUAUCUUUGUCUUUCCAUGAAGAAGAGAAAUUUAUGGAUGUCAUUCAGAUGGCAUCACAACUAAGGCACCCCAACAUUGUAAGACUUAUUGGCUACUGUGUUGAACAUGGCCAGCAUCUUGUAGUAUAUGAAUAUGUGAGAAAUUUGUCGCUUGAUGAUGCUUUGCACAAUGAAGUCUUCAAGCCACUUUCCUGGGGGUUACGUCUUUGUAUUGCUCUUGGUAUUGCUCGGGCUUUGGACUAUUUGCACUCUACAUUCUCACCUCCUGUUGCUCAUUGCAACAUAAAGGCUGCCAACAUCUUGCUUGAUGAAGAACUAAUGCCUCACAUAUGUGACUGUGGCUUAGCAAUUCUAAGACCACUUGCGAGCAAUUCUGUCAAAAUUAAGGCUUCUGAAAUUGCUAUAUGGGACACUGGCUACAUUGCACCUGAACUAAGCCGACCAGGGAGUGAUAGCACAAAGAGUGAUGUAUACGCCUUUGGAGUGUUGCUUUUGGAGCUAUUAACAGGAAGAAGGCCCUGGGAUAGUUCAAGACCUCGAGAUGAGCAAUCUUUGGUGAACUGGGCUUUGUUACGUCUUCAUGAUAGUAAGUCCCUGGAACAGAUGGUUGAUCCUGGCAUUAGAACAACACUUUCUGCCAGGUUUCUCUCCGGUUUUGCAGACAUUUUCUCCUUAUGCAUUCAGCCCGAGAAAGAAUUCCGAUCACCUAUGUCUGAAAUCGUGGAAUCUCUGACACGUCUAUUACAAAAGAUGGGCAUAAUAAGAAGCAGAGAAACAGAUGGCACUGAAGUUGACCCCUUGGAGAGAUCUUUCCGUUCAACUCAAACUUGCUUCAAGGGCUCCCCAGCCGCUAGCCAUUUGUCCUCCUAAUCCUAUAUCGGAGUAGGAUUCU